AUGGAGAACUAUGUUGAAAAUGUGUGGGAUUUUGUUAAUACUCCAAAGAUCUUAUACCAUGACGAUGGCUAUUACAUAUUUAGAUUUGAUUCACUUGAAGAUAGGGAUAAAGUCAUGCAAUUAGGGCCUUGCACUUUUCAUAAUAAACCAUUAAUUUUGAAGAAUUGGUCACUUGAUUUUGUCUUUGAUCCGGAAUGUUUGAAUGUGAUUCCAUUGUGGGUAAGAUUCCCAAAUUUACCAGUGGGAUUUUGGUCAGCUGAGGCUCUAAGCAAAUUGGCAAGUGGAAUAGGAAGGCCAACGUAUACAGAUUUAUACACUGCUGAGAUGGAUAUUAUUUCAUUUGCUAGAGUCCUUGUAAAAACAAACAUUUCUCACCCUCUGCCAAGUGAUAUUUUAAUUCAUACUCCAGUAGGAGUUAUUCAUCAGAGCAUAGAGUAUGACUGGAAGCCUAAAUUUUGUAUGGAUUGUGCAAAAGUUGGGCAUACCACUGAGGAAUGCAGACAGAGCAAGGAAAAAGAAACAAAUGGAGCAUUUGUAGAACAGAACAGAAGGAAGAGAAGGGGAAAAAGAAGGAGAAAGACGGAAACUAAAUGGGUAGCGAAAGAGAUGAAUGCUCCAACAGUUGAAGAACAAAUAGUUGAUGCUACAAAGGAGGCUAUAAUAAAGGAAAAUGCAGUUCGCUCACAAAUGGAAAGUAGGCAGCUUGAUAGGAAUGAAUUCCCAGCACUCUCAGAAGUAAUGAGGAAUAAGAGAAGAUAUGAGAAGAGAGUGGUUGUGUCUACUGUGGAGGAACAAAGUUGUUCUACUAGUCAAGUAGAUACCAUAAACAGAUUUGAGAUUCUGAAUCAGGGUGGUAUCUCAACUGAUAUUGGGCAGGGUGGACAGAUCUAUCCUACAAUUCCAUGA